AUGGAGGAAGGAGGAACUUGCAGACAGCUCUUGGAGAAAAGAGAAGGGGAAAAUGAAACAUAUAUCACAGAGUUCAUCCUCCUUGGAUUUGGGAAUCUCCGUGAAAUGCAGAUUCUUCUCUUCCUGCUGUUUCUAGUGAUCUACAUUGUCACUGUGGCCGGGAACAUCCUCAUUGUUGUACUAGUUGUGGCUGAUCAGCACCUUCACAGCCCCAUGUACUUCUUUCUGGGGAACUUGUCCUUCUUGGAGACCUGCUACACCUCCACAGUCCUGCCCAGACUGCUGGCUGGUCUCCUGACUGGAGACAGAAUCAUUUCUGUUAGUGGCUGCAUCACUCAAUUUUAUUUCUUUGGUUUCCUGGUGGCAGUUGAAUGUUCUCUCUUAUCCAUGAUGUCCUAUGACCGGUAUUUAGCAAUAUGCAAACCACUACACUACACUGCUCUUAUGAAUGGCAGAAUCUGCCUGCAGUUAGCAGCCAUCUCCUGGAUGAGCUCAUUUCUGGCAACUGCUGUAGUAAUAUAUUUAAUGUCACAAUUACAUUUUUGUGGCCCCAAUGAAAUUGACCAUUUCCUUUGUGAUUUCACCCCAGUGAUUAAACUCUCCUGCAGUGACACCAGCCUAAUCAAACUAGUGACCUUUAUAUUCUCUUCUAUAGACACCCUACCCCCAUUUCUAUUAACCUUAGCAUCCUAUGUUUCCAUCAUCUCCACCAUCCUGAGAAUCCCUUCCACCAGUGGGAGAAGAAAGGCAUUUUCCACCUGCUCCUCUCACCUCCUUGUGGUUACAAUCUACUAUGGGACACUAAUCAUUGUCUAUGUGUUACCAGACACUGACACACUUAGAGACCUCAAUAAGGUCUUCUCUGUCUUCUACACUGUCCUGACUCCCAUGGCCAAUCCCCUCAUCUACAGUCUGAGAAACAAAGAGGUCAAGGAGGCCCUGGGAAAAGUAUUCAUUAAAUGUAUGGUGCUCUCAGCAAUUCAGGAACAGUGA